AUGCUUGGGAUUCAGUCCUGGUACACCGCAUUGGCGGUUCCAACCAUCGUCAUUGGCGGCUUCGUGGCCACUCGCAAGCGCUUAGCGUACCAGUGGAGAGAGGAGCUGAUGGACCCGGAUGGCGCCGCGUACCCGACCAUGACAGAUGCCGAUAUGGAAUUUUUUCGCCGCGUUGCACCGGCCAGUGCUGUGGCAGCGGCUGAGGCGGUCGCGGCACCGCUGCAGCGGCAGCGAGCCGAGCUACAAAGCACACCUGCAGCCCAUGCUUCGACAGAGGGGGCACACGGCGUCGCCCUCACGGCAAAGGAGAACAUCGGGGUGUGCGUGCGAAGCAAUGUUCUGCCGCCGGAGGUGCGAAACGUUUUGCUUAACGAAGUUCAGCGCUGGUCGCACACGCUCGGCAGCACCGUGGAUCUGCGCAAGAUCAUCGCUGUUGAACAAUCAGUGCAACUCGCGAUCGAGAGGGAGGCACUGGAAAGCAGCGAAGUGGACGGGCGCUCCUCAUCCAAUUCCAGCGCAGCGUCGUCGACGCCGCUUGACUUUGGAUUCCUGAAGCAUACGCGGGUCAUUGCGGACCAUCCCGAGGAGAUCCAGCUCAUGAAAGCACCGUGGGGCUCGGGAGACCGGAUUCGCCUCGCGGAAAUGCCGGCCUCUCUGCGCUACCUCGUUGAGCGUACUCGUCACACGUUCGAGGGUAUAGGGCGGCUGAGGCACGUCUACAUCGAGUACUCCCCGACAGGCCAGUUCUACCGGGCACCUCGACCGCCAAAGACGUAUGACGGCCACGACUACGUCAUCAUCCCACUUCGACGUGACCACUGUGACACGGUUGUGACGAUGAGCCCGGUGCUACGCUCGCGAGUGAGUGAUUUGCGCGAAGUUGUGCGGCACUCGUGGACUAAUCGCGAUGUGGAUGUGUUGCUGCCGAGCGGGUGUAUGCUGCGUGUGUAUGGCACCGCGCGGUACGAGUGGGGAUGGGGGAUUCGACCGGGGCCCACGUGGUUUGGGAGCCGGCUGAAUCCGCGCAGUCCUGCAAAGGCGGCUGGAUGUGACGUGGACCCUUGCGCUGGACUGUUGUGCCGGUUGAAGAACGGACUACGGACGUACCUAGGGAUGCAGCAGUCCUCUAUAGUGGUUUCCCCACCAACCUGUAGUGCCCCAACGGACGCGGCGCUGAUCGUCUUGCACUAUGAAGGACCUCGCUCGUUAACAAAGCAGCGCUCCCUCUUGCUGGAGCCAGAGAUCUGGAUCUUUGGCCGCGCACCGUCUGUCGAGUCUUUUGCAACGUGGACCGAGGACCGCCCCACAGCCGACGCCGUUGGUGAGGAAGGUCUCCUAUGGUUUAUGAUGCGCAACUACUUGGACAUGCUCACGGUGAGCUAA